CCGGGGGCCGCCGACCUCCGCCCUCCACGGCCCCCGCCACGGCCGUCUGUAAAUACGGUACACCUGCUUCCGACCGGGGGGGAAGCCCGUAAAUACGGCCCAGCCCAGCCAUGAUGGAUGGUACCUCCAGGAGCGCCCCUUUCCACCUCGAUCUCUGGUUCUACUUCACCCUGCAGAACUGGGUCCUGGACUUCGGACGGCCUAUCGCCAUGAUUGUCUUCCCACUGGAGUGGUUUCCGCUCAAUAAGCCCAGCGUUGGCGACUACUUCCACAUGGCCUACAAUCUCAUCACGCCCUUUCUUCUCCUCAAGCUUUUGGAGCGUUCUCCCAAGCCCCUGCCCCGCGCGCUGGUGUACGUCAGCGUCAUCACCUUCAUCAUGGGCGCCAGCAUCCACCUGGUGGGCGACUCGGUCAAUCACCGCCUGAUUUUCAGCGGGUACCAGCACCACCUGGCCGUCCGGGAUAACCCCAUCAUCAAGAACCUGAAGCCAGAGACCCUGAUAGACUCGUUUGAGCUGCUGUACUACUAUGACGAGUAUCUGGGGCACUCGAUGUGGUACAUCCCUUUCUUCCUCCUGUUGUUCAUGUACUUCACCGGCUGCUUCACCCCGGUCAGGGAGGAUAGCUGGAUGCCCGGAGCGGCCGUGCUGCUAGUGGGCCCAAGCAGCCUGUACUACUGGUACCUAGUCACCGAAGGGCAGAUCUUCCUCCUCUUCCUCUUCACGUUCUUCGCCAUGAUGGCCCUGGUCACGCACCAGAAGCGAAAAGGCCUCUCUCUGGACAGCAACGGACUGUUUUUGUUCUACUCCUUUGUCGUCACGUUGGUGCUGGUGGCCCUGUGGGUGGGCUGUCUGUGGAACGACCCCACUCUCCGGAAGAAGUACCCCGGGGUCAUCUACGUCCCUGAGCCUUGGGCCUUCUACACUUUGCACAUCAGCGAGCAGCACUGAGACACCUCCCCACUCUUCCCCCACAGCCCAACCCACCAGGCGGCCCCAGCCCCACCCCCCACCAAGAUGGCAUCCAAGUUUCCUUGGGUCCUUUA